AUGGAUUCUUUGGUUUCUUCAGAAUUGAGGAGGGUAUCAACGAAUAUGAGCAAUUCGGUAGGCCAUAACUUGCUCAACCAGAGCUUGCUUCAAAGCAAGAUAAAUUCUUCUGGUAUUCCUGCUAACACAUUAUUUCAAGCCAAGAGUGUCCACCAAGUGGCAGCACAGGCACGGAAGUCACCCAUAUCCAAGAAAUUUUGUGGGAACAAUUUGAACGUCCAGAAACCAAAGUUAGCCAUGGGUUCACGCGGCCCUGCUACAGCCAUUCUCGCGCUCAGCUUGCAGGGAAAUUCAAUCUUGGUGGGAAUAUUGAAUUGCAGAAAGUGGGUGCUUCCUUCUCGGCGCCCAGAUGGGACCAAAGUAUAUAAGAACAAAGCUCUCAGAACUCCUUUUCAAAAAUCUGGCUCCAUUUCCUUGCUCAAAAUUGAGAUUGAUGAUCCUGCAAUACAAGCAAUCGAGUUUCUUAUAGUUGAUGAAAGCCAGAACAGAUGGUUUAAGAACAAUGGUGAUAACUUUCAUGUUAAGUUACCUGCGAAAGAGAAGCAGAUAUCCAAUGCUUCAGUUCCUGAAGAACUUGUACAAAUUCAAGCAUAUUUGAGAUGGGAAAGAAAGGGUAAACAGAUGUAUACACCAGAGCAAGAAAAGGUGGAGUACGAAGCAGCCCGAAGUGAGCUAUUGGAGGAGUAG